AUGGAAGUCGAAUGGACAAGUGUACAGAAACGAGGAACGGUUAAGCCAAUCCCAAGGGAUCAGGCAACCAGCCAAGUGCUACCGCUCACAUGGGUAUUCAAAUACAAAUUCAAUAAACAUGGAUACCUUCAGAAGUUCAAAGCACGAAUCUGCGUUCGAGGUGAUCUUCAGCAGCUAGGGUCCAAGGAUACCUACACCGCCACCCUCGCAGGACGUUCUUUUCGAAUCCUAAUGGCAAUCACCGCCAAAUUUGACCUCGAAACGAGACAACUCGACGCGGUCAACGCAUUCACAAAUAGUGUACUCGACGAAAACGUAUAUGUCCAAUUCCCAGAUGGCUACCGCCGCAGAGGAUGGGUCCUGAAACUGCUACGAGCAUUAUACGGACUAAGACGGUCACCACUGCUAUGGCAGAAGGACCUGACCGCAGCUUUCGAAAACCUUGGCCUCAAACAGAGCCAAGAGGAGCCAUGCCUUUUCAGAAACAGCUGGCUCACAGUUUUCUUCUUCGUUGACGGCAUCGUCCUGCUGUACUGUGCAAGACACCAAGACGCCGCAGACGAAUUCAUCGUCAAACUGAAAACCCAAUAUGAAAUGAAGGACCUAGGGGAACUCAAGUGGUUCCUAGGCAUUCGUGUCCUGAGAGACAGAGCAGCUCGCAAGCUAUGGCUCUGCCAGGACUCAUAUAUCGAAAAGAUUGUAAACCAAUAUGGGAUCACUAAGCGUGACCAAUUCAAAGGAAAUUUAUUCCCCACAAACGACUUGCAACGUCGAAAGGACCAGGCAAGACCAGACCUUGUCCAUCGAUAUCAGCAGAAGGUCGGCUCCGUCAACUAUGUCGCAGUCAUAACGCGAGCCGACAUCGCAAAACCGAUAUCCAAGCUUGCAGAAUUCCUGCUCAACCCAUCAGACCAGCAUGUCUACCUGGUGGAUCGCAUAAUGGAAUAUCUCUGGCCCACUCGGUUCCUUGCCAUUCAAUUCAACGGAAUAAGCUGCACAACGGAAAUGAUCAAGGUCAACCACUGCAGCAUUCCACGAGAGCUCCGCAUCGCAUCCGACGCUGCAUCCGCCGACGAUCCGGAGACACGAAAGUCAUCGCAAGGAUACAUCAUAAUCCUAUUUGGAGGACCUGUCAGUUGGAAAACAGGAAAGCAAACCACAGUCACGACCUCAUCAACCGAGGCAGAACUGCUAGCGUUUACUCACACUGCCAAGGAGGCAAUUGCCACACAAUGUCUGUUUCAACAGAUUGAUCUUCAACUAGACCAUCCACUCCUCAUCGAAUGCGAUAACAAACAAACAAUCAGAUUGAUCGAAGUUGAUCUUCCACGUCUGAAGACACAACUCAAGCACGUAGAUGUUCAUAACUGCUGGGCAAGACAGGCCUAUCAGCAAGGACAAUUCCAAAUCUCAUACACGCUGACCACCAAAAUGGUCGCGGACGGUCUCACAAAGAUCUUACCAGGCCAGAAGUUUAAGUAUUUUAUUAAAUAA